AUGGUUGCCGCGGACCCCCUAGAGGACAAAGUCAGUCUAUUUCGUCAGCAGGCGAACAUUGCGGCCAAUCGGAAGGAGUCUACUGCCAGCGCGCUGGCCGAGGCUAGGGAAAAAUUAGUGACAGCCCAACAACAAUUAGAAGCGGCUCGUGCUAAAUUGGCCAAGGUUGUGGAUGAGAGCCGCAACGAGACAACGGAUGACUCCUUCACUCCCGUCUCCAUACCCAGGGCAGAAGAUGUAAGUAUUGAUUUUGAGCUUAAUCAUUUUCAGUUAUUUUGGAAAAAUACUCUUGAGCAUUUUUUCCCCUAUGCAACUUAG